UCAAUGUGUCUCCCGACACGCGCGUAUUAUUAUUAUCGCGACGAUGCGCCUGCCAGCCGCGGACUACCAGGCGCCUGCGUGGUACCCAUGUCCCAUAGAAUAAUAACAAUAAUAAUAACUCGACGACGACAACGACGAUGUGUGUAUUCGUGGAACUCGAAAAGGAUUGUAAAAAAUAUAAUAUGUCAAAAAACGACGAUUUGGAAUACGGCCACGGGCAAAACAAAUAUUUGGCGGAAACUCACGGAGUGCCACCGCCGCCGCAGCCGGUCCCCACUGCGCGCUCUGACCGGCUGAUCAAACACGGCCCGCACACUGUAGACACUAGACACACGUUUAUGAUGCUCCUCAUCUGCGUCUGCUCUCGUUUUUCGUAUUCGCCACUGCAGGUGCAAUCGAUAAUAAAUCAUCGGUACGUUUCGCCGUAUAUUCGAGAACGCGUAAAAAAUUUUAAAAUCCGACAACCGAAGGCGUGUUGAGCGAGAUUUUUAGAAUCGGCCGAUCGACGCUAAACAGCGCCGUCCGAGGUAGGCGACCAAUCGUACACGUCGGCGCUCAACUUCCGACCCGGGUACCGUUCGGGCGCCGUUUUAUUUCGUGGUCAUUGUCUCGUUGUUCCGGAAUUGUUUGACCCUAGGUCUAGCUGCACGAUGCACCUCACAACUACGGUCUUCGCCGCGUGCAUGUGCAUUAUCGCUACACUGGGGCACGUCCAGCCGGCAGCGAUUACUAGAGACGUGAACGAAACGGAAAUGUUUUACUACGAAAUUCGCCCGGAACUUUUUAACUGGACGAACGGAGCAGAUACCAAGUUCGUGUUCACGCCGUCCUUACAAAAUUACCCAGACUUGCUACACUGGAUACAUUACAAAUUCAACAGUAAAAAUAGACACGGAUACUUGUAUGGAACGCCGCCUGCCGGUUCGGUGGACCGACAAAUCCUAUUAGAUAUUAUUGGAUUAAACAAAAAAACAUACCAGAUUGAGACACAAGUUAUUCAAUUAAACAUUUUUGAAAGAUCUGAAUAUGCAACAAAUGAAGUAAGAUUUAAAAUUAAUAACUUGAAUGUGGAAGAUAUGUUUCAUGAAGAACGCAUACCAUACUUGCUGGAUAUAUUCAGACAAAAUUUAUGGUUGGGUAGUAAACAGGAUUUGUAUGUAACAUUUCUAGCAUCUGCUAGUGAUCUAGGACAACGAUUACCGUUAGACCCAAAUGAUACAGAGGGUGUUAUUGUCAAUUUAGGAAGCACAUCAAAUUUUUCAACAAUAUUAAAUGAUCUCGAGAAAGAAAUUAGUCCAUUGCAAAAAAUGAAUAAAUGUCCAAAGGAUUUUAAAAGAACAACUGUUGAACGAUAUUUUCGAGCAAAUGGUUUCAAUUUGGACUGGUGCAGUUUCAAACUUGUGGAGUUGACUAUCAUAAACCAGAAUCACACUAUGGAUAUUAAAGACAAAAUAUCUAGCACUAAACAUGUGGAAGAAAAUGUUUGGGAAUUAAUGGAAUCUCUUCAAUACAGUCAGUCCAUGUAUACAGAUACUUCAAAAUUAACCAUUACAUUAUUUAUUUUUAUAAUUCUUGUAAUUGGGAUUAUCUUUAGCAUUGGUGUAUUUAGAUGGUAUAAAAAAAAAAAAUUAUUUUUUUGAAAAAAAUAAACAAAAAAUAAAUUAAAUUUAAAUUAUUUAAAUUGUUUUAUUUUUAAAGACAUAAACUCUUAAAUAUAUGUAACACAAUUGAUUGUUAUGUUUGACACUUUCUCAGUAUGUCAAUUGUAAAUGGAUUUUAAACAUUGUCCAGAUUACAAAGAUUAAUUAUUAGACUAAAUAAAACAUUAAAAGUUUUUAAAACUUGAAUUUUCAAUGUUUUUACAAAUUAAUUGAACUUAACCCACAUAAUAUUAUUUAAGGUAGUUUAUUGUUUGUUUCCUAAUUCUUUACAAUAAAAAUAAGCAAGUUGUUCUAAAUACAUGAACAUACUUAUGUAAGUUAAGAACAAUAUAAUUUCAAAAACUAAUUAAUCAAACUAAAUAUUAAAUUUGAAACAAUAGUGCUUAAAUUUUUCAAGGAAAGGUUAACAUCAAAAACGCUUUGAUAAAACUUUCUAUACAAUUUUAACUAGUAAAUAUAUAAAUAUUAAAGCACAAAAAAAAAGAAUAAAAUAAAGAGAAAAUGGAAGUUAAAAUUAUCGUUAUACCAUUUACAAAAUAGAUUUUCAUUUGUUUAAAGAUUUAAAAUAAGAAUGAAAUAGUUUUUUUUUUUUUUU